AUGACUGUCAGCCAGGCUCUCCUCGUUGCGGGCUCGCUCCUCGCGUACGCAGGCUCAGCCCUCGCCGCGACGGCGCAGGCGUUCUCGCCGCCUGCGUACUCGUACAACUCCGAGUCGACGAACUACACGGGCCAGUCGAACAACACCCUGCAGAAUGGGCCGGUCGUGUCCGGCAAGGCGUUCGACCGGUUCAUCCAGAUCUGGUUCGAGAACACUGACUUCGAGACGGCGGCGUCGUCCUCGACGUUCCAAACCCUGGCGGAGCAGGGUGUCCUCUUCACGUCGUACUACGCGAUGACGCACCCUUCGGAGCCCAACUACAUCGCGGUAACGGGUGGUGACUUCUUCGGCAACGGUGCCGACGACUUCCGGGCCAUCCCGAUGAACAUCUCCACGGUUGUUGACCUCCUCGAACAAAAGAAUGUCUCGUGGGCUUCUUACCAAGAGUCCAUGCCUUACGACGGAUACACCGGCUAUAAUUACACCUCGUUCGACUACAUUUCUGGCUCUGGUGAUUACACCUACUAUGUGCGCAAGCACAACCCGCUCGUCAUCUUCGACUCGGUGUCGAACGUCACAGACCGUGCGCUUCGGAUCCGAAACUUCAAUGACUUCGCCAGGGACCUGAAUGCAAGUGUGAUGCCCCAGUGGAGCUUCAUUACACCCAACCUCGUCAACGACCCAGUGGAUCCAAUCUGGCUUAACCCGCUGCUCGCUGACACGCGCUUCAACGACAACCGCACGAUUAUCUUGCUCACCUUCGACGAGACCGAGACCUACAGCAUCAACAACCGUGUCUGGACACUUGCCCUCGGAGGCGGGCUGCCCGCCGAGCUGAAGAAUACGACGGACGACACGUUCUAUACGCACUACUCGUGCCUGUCCACGAACAACGGCAUUUCGGCCAACUCCUCUGACAUCCCACUGCUGAACCUUACGGGCACGAUCCCCGGCCCGCUCAACCCCGAAUACUACGUGCCCUUCAGCGCGCCGAACUUGAACGCCACCGGCGCGGGCGGCGGGCCUGUCUUCAAGGGCCCUGGGCUCGACACCUCGCUGUCCGCCGCGUCACUGCCUGCGCCGGUGAACUUGACCGCGAAGGGCCUCGACACGCCGUGGGCACAGAACCCGGGUUAUGACUACCCCAACGGCACGCAGGGGUACACGAGCACGCCGUCCGCGAGCGCGGGGAGCUGGACGAGUGGGCUGCCUUGUGUGAGGCUGGACGAUCGACCUGGGUUAUCGGUGCUAUAG